GAAGUGUCCAGCUCCUCCGAGGUGAUCGUGAAAAGCAGUUCCAGAGAAGUCGUCCCCACCUCAGGAAUUCUCCAAAGUCAUCAAGAGGUGGUCCACGAUCAAAGAAUCCACCAUAACAAUGUGGCCGGCAGUUAUGGGAACCAUUACAAUGAAACAGUUAUGCUUGUCGGAGGAGAGGACCCACCAAAGGUUUCCACUCAGGCUUUGAAGCAGCAGUAUGAAAAAACCAUUGAGGAAGCGGCACCAGCCAAGGAAAUUAAGGUUGACGUGGACUUUCACUGGGCGCCGAUGAAUCAGUCCUCCAGAGCUUCAGCAGUGACGACCCAUGACACAUCCUCCACUGUAAAGACCGCGUCCUCUGCGGCGUCUUCUGCAUCUUAUGAGGUGACCGAGCAUUUCCCUCCCCCACCCUCAAACUUUCUGCAGGACGUGCCAGAGUACGCCAGCUCCUCCCAGCCUCAGGAUUCAGCCUCCCAACAAAUGCACACUGUUAGUAAAGAGCAAUAUUUCAAACACAAAAGCAUGGCAGAGCUGAAGCGUCUCUAUAAACACAUCCAUCCGGAGCUCCGCAAGAACCUGGAAGCAGAUUUCUUGAGUCAGCUCACCGAAGCACAGAGGAAGGACCUGGAAAGCGAAGAAGUAGUGGGAGAUGUCCAGCAGGUGUGCUAUCAUUUUGAGAAUGAUGGCAACGGCUCGGGUAAAUGCUCGAGCCCCGACAGGGAAUCUGUGGAUUGGGACGAGAUCCUCAAAGGGGAAGUACAGUCCAUGCGCUGGAUGUUCGAAAACAAGCCACUGGAUACGAUCAAAGAUGACACCCCAGAUGAGAAUGAGGUGAGUAACAUCGCUCAGCAGGAAAUCAUCGCUGGCAAAGACGUCAGAUACACAGCCUGGAUGUUUGAGACUCAGCCCAUGGAUGCUCUCGGCACAGAGACCGAGAAUUCAACCGAGCAGUCUGAGAAAUCCUCAGAACUCGCGAGAGGUGAUGUCCGCACUGCUACGUGGCUUUUUGAGACUCAGCCGCUGGAUUGCCUGAAUAAGAUCUACGUUGAGGACGAGCAAGAGGCCGAUGCUGUCAUAGCCAAGGACAUCACAGGAGGAGAUGUGAAAACCGCCAGGUAUCUCUUCGAGACCCAGCAUCUGGCUUCUCUUGGCAAAACAGAAACCAUCGAGGAAAGCCACUUCCUGAGCCUGAAGUCGGAGUUGGAAGAGAUUAAAGGGGAUGUGAAGACGACCACCCGCAUGUUUGAGACCCAGCCCAUGUGCGUGAUCAGGGGGGAUUCAGGAGAGAUGUUGGAGAUCACCACCAUCCGCAAGGAGGAGACAGAGAAAGGAGAUGUGAAAACGUCCCGCUGGAUGUUUGAGACUCAGCCCCUGGAUAUGAUCAACAAAGACCCUGCAAAGGUGAAGCUGAUUUGUGGCAUUUCCAUGGAGGACAACGCUGAAGGAAGCGUGAAUAAAGGCAGAUGGCUUUUUGAGACGAAGACUCUCGACACCAUUAAGGAUGAAGAGUGGGAGAUUUCCAGAAAGCAAAAGGAGGAAAUCCUCGGAGCGGAUGUGAGGAAACACUGUCUGGUCUUCGAGACUCAGCCGAUGGAUACAUUGAAAGACAAUGCCAAUGCUCAACCUUUGCCCUCUGAGGAGAUCGUAGGGGGCGACGUUCAAUCUGCAAAACAUCUCUUUGAAACGGUGCCCAUGGAGAAUCUGAAAGAGCUGCUUGAAGUGGGAAAACUUAAGAAAACGGUCGCGUCAGACGAAGAAAAAGGCGACGUGAGGCAUCAAACAUGGGUGUUCGAGAGCCAGCCGCUGGAGAACAUAAGGGAGGAGAGGAAGGAGAUUUCAAGAACAGUGAACAUCGAAGCUCUUGAUAAGGGAGAUGUCACAAACUACAAAGAACGGUUUGAAAGUAUGGAUUUAAGUAAGUGUGAAGGGACGCAGAAAAUUCAAGUUGAAGGCGUCACGAGUGGUUCUGUCAAAUCCAACCGAGUUCUUUUUGAAUCCACGCCUAUGUACGCAAUGCAAGACAGCUCAGGUCAUUACCACGAGGUGAGGACGGUGAGACGGGAGGAGAUCGUGAAAGGCGACGUACGCAGCUGCAGGUGGAUGUUUGAGACGCGGCCCAUUGACGAGUUCGACGACAGCAUCAAUAAGUUUCAGAUCAUUAAAGGGAUAUCCAAACAGGAGAUGGAGUCGGGGGAUGUAAAAACUGCCAAGUGGUUGUUUGAAACUCAACCGCUUGACGCCAUUAAGUGUAAUUUCGAGGACGAAGAAUGUAAAACUAAGGAGGGUGUUGAAAUAGAAAAAGGAGAUGUGAAGACGUGCAGGUGGCUGUUUGAGACUCAGCCGAUGGAUGUUCUGUACGAGAAGACGGAGAAGAGCGAGGCGGGCGCCGAGGUGGUGCAGAGAGGUGAUGUCAAAACGUGCACUUGGCUCUUUGAGACGCAGACGCUUGACAACAUACGUGAUCACACCGAGACAGAGACCAUUCUGAAAACCUGCACUGUAAAUCAAGAGGAUGUACAAGGAAAAGACGUACGACUGGCACGCUUCCUUUUUGAGACGGAGAAUCUGGAAAACCUCACGGGCGAGGACAGCAGCUCUUUCAGGAGGGUGACGGAAAUCGACAUCCAGUCAGGUGAUGUCUCCCGGAUGAAGUACAUCUUCGAGAAUCGCUCCUCGGACAUCAUGAGCUCCACCUCGGAGGAGACGAUGCACCGGCUGAAGACGCAACAGGCCGAGGACAUCCAGAAGGGCAACGUGGUCAACUGCACCUGGAUGUUUGAGAACCAGCCGAUGGACGCCAUCCACGAGGACGUCACAGAGGUGAGGGAGACUCGCACUGUGACUGACGUCCAGGGGGGAGACGUCGACAAAGGCCGCUUCAUUUUUGAGACAUACUCUCUAGAUCAAAUCAAAGAGGAGUCCUCUGAGACGGAUAUUUCAAAACUCACAAGUAUCUUUAGGGAUGAAAUGGAAAGAGGGGAUGUAAAAAACUACACCAUGAUGUUUGAAUCUCAGCCGCUGUACGCCAUCCGAGACAAGGAGGGCCAUUAUCAUGAAGUAACUACGGUUACCAAGGAGGAAAUCAUGAGAGGGGAUGUGGUGGGGGCGCGGUGGCUGUUUGAAACAAAGCCGCUGGAUUCCAUCAGAGAUUCAGAGGAGGUGUAUGUUAUCAAAGCUGUGACUGAGGAAGGCGUCAACAAAGGAGACGUCAGCUCCGCCAGAUGGAAGUUUGAAACGCAACCUCUGGAUGAAAUCACAGAGGAAAUAAAAGUGAGGUCAAAAACAAUUGCAGAUAUCCAAGGCGGCGACGUGAAGACAAACAAGCAGCGGUUCGAGGCCGACGAGACGUCUCAAAAGUACAUCAGAACCGUCAGCGUGAGCGAAAUCCAAAAAGGCGACGUCAGAUCUGCCACGUGGAUGUUUGAAACCCGCACGAUUGAUGAGAUCCACGACGAAGGCGUCGAGUACGAUGGCAUGGAGCGAGUGACAAAGGAGGAAGUAAUGAAAGGGGAUGUCAAACAGUCUGUGUGGCUCUUUGAGAAGCAGCCUCUCGACAGCAUCAAAGAGACCGACGGCACCGAGCUCGCUGCAACAAAGGAGGAAAUCCUACUAGGUGACGUGAAGACAACAACUUGGCUAUUUGAGACCACGCCGUUCCACAAGUUCAACGAGGGCAGCGUGGAAAAGACAGAAAUAUUAGGCAAAAGCAUCAAAGAGACGCUGGAGGAGCUUUACUGUCAGAAAAUGGUGGACUCACAAGGUAUCCUCAUCGAGGCCGACGAGAUCGGGGAUGUCCGCAUGGCGAAGUACAAACUCAUGAAUCAGGAAGCCCCACAAAUCCAAAAAGAGGAGAUUAUCAGAGGGGAUCUAAGCCACAUAAUGAUGAACCUCCUGAACCGCAGGGAAGGCACAGAGAGGGGGAUAACGGUGGAUGAGGAGGAGCGAGGGAACAUCGACACGACGGUGAAGCAGCUGUUCUGCCAGGAACGUGGGAUCAAUGUCGAAAGAGAGGAAAUUAUCCGUGGUGACAUUCAAGAGGCCAUAAACAAUCUGCUAAAGAACGAGGGCUCCUCCAAGCGUGGCAUUCUGAUUCAGGAGGAUGAGAAAGGCGACGUGAGGAUGACUAUCUAUUCCCUCUUGAAUAAAGGCGAGAGGGCCAGCAUGGAGAAAGAGGAUAUUGUACAUGGGAACGUCAGCCGAACGCUUCAUCGCCUUCUUUCCAACUCAGGGGGGGAAGACUCUAAAAGGAUAAAGGUCGGAGACACAGAGAGGGGCAACGUCAGCUUUUACUCCACGUGCAUCGAGUCCGGAGCGCUGGAUUACCUGAAACAGCUCCAGAGCGAAUCUGGCGAAAUCCAGGAAAAGACGGAAAAGGAGCACAUCAUAGGAGGUGACAUCGUAGAGACCAAAAUCCUGCUGCAGAAGAAUAAGCAGCAGAUUGGCCGCACAGUGGCAGAGGAUGAAAUAGUUCCCGUGGACGUGCACAGCAUUGUUCAAGUCUUCAUGACGGAGCCGGCAGUGACCUUCAGAAACCUGGAGACGAUGGAUAUUGUUAAAGGUGACCUGAACGCAGCUCUGGAUUCACUCACACAAGCUGUCAAUCAGAGAGUGGUGAUAGAGAAAGAGGAGGUGGUGAAGGGAGACAUACCGACGACGCUGAGGUCACUGGAGGAGGCCCAGCAUCAAGCCAAAGAGAUGGAAAAGCCGGAAAUCGUCAGGGGAGACAUUAGAGGUGCUCUCGUUUCGCUGGAGAAAUCUGCGAGCACUAAAACGGAAGUGACCUUGGACGAUUUAGUGCCAGGUGAUAUUAAAGGGACCCUGAAGUCCCUGGAGGAGGCGACGCAGGCGGUAAAAGAAGUGGAGAAGGAGGAGAUAGUGAAAGGAGACAUCCACACCGCCGUGCAGAGCUUAUACGAGGCGUCAAGUGAGAAAAAGAUUUACCAGCAUCAAGUGAGCGAGCAGGGUGACGUCAAAGCCACGAUUCAGCUUUUGCUUGAGCCGACAGCGUCCUCGAGAAUGCAUCGGCGGGGAAGCACCGAGGGAGACGUGAAAACAUCCAUAAAGUCUCUCUAUGAAGGACAGGAGGCGAUGCAGGUGGAAAAAGAGGAGGUGGUGAAAGGCGACGUUCAAGGGGCGAUUAAGUGUCUCAUGCAGAGAAAACAGUAUUCAAAACCAAAACGUACGCAUUCUCCCAAGAAAGCAAAAGUGCCCGUGAAGAAUCCAUUAACUGGGAAGCAAGGGGAGCAUGAAUGUGUGCAUGAAUCCAGGAGUGAGAGUGCAGCAGUCAAUCCAGCCCCCGCUGUGAAAAACCUCUCUCAGAGCAGUGAGUCACAGAAGCACACGCAGCGGCACGACGAAAGCAAAUCAGUGAAAACACAGGUAAUAACCCAAGAGGGCCUCUGUGUUACUGUAGCCAAAACAGACAACACCACCGGGGCCUCUCAGCACAAGAGCAUAAAAGAAGAGAAGCAGAAAGCUCUGCCUGCUCAGAAAAUGCAACCGUCCAAGCAUAUUGUGAUAAAGAAUAAACAAACUAAUGAUCAAACGGAGACGAGGGCAGCUGAUGUGACGAAAGACAUGAAAAUUGCAUCCCAGACAAACGUUUCAAACAAGCAAAUUUGCGAAACCAAGACGAUCAGACAAGUGCAGACGACAGUGACGGAGAAAACUGUGAAGCAAAAUGUGAAGGUGUCCGAGCAAAUGUCUACAUCACAGGGUAAAGCUGUGACGGGAAAAUUUAAAAAUACGAAGAGCGAUCGCUGCAACCUUGAUGUGAAAGUGAUCAAAAAGACAAAGCCAGAGAUUCACUUCCCCCCUCCUCCCUCGUCACCGCCUCCUCCCUCAGAGUCUGAGCUCUCCCUCCCUCCGCCCCCGUCGCCUGUGCUGGAGAGCCUGGUGUCCAUCCCCAUGCAGGACAGCGACCUCCCACCUCCGCCACCUCCUCCUCCCGUGGAAUGCACAAAGUCUGAGACUGAGUUUUAUCUCCCUCCUCCUCCGCCGCCUCCACCUCCACCAUCUGCAAGUGGCCAAGAUUUCCUCCCACCGCCUCCCUCACAGCAAGAGCUCAACGCGAUGCCCCAGCCACCUCCUCCCAGUAAGCUGGGCAAACCCAUCAUCAGUAAGCCUUUAUUCAAAGUGCCCAAGCACCCGGAAACACAGAAGCAGCCUGUGCAAGUCAAACCCAAAUGGCAGAAGAAGCAGCCGUUGCCGGCUCCGCCUCCACCUCAGCUGCCGCCCGAUCAAGAAACAGCCAAGGUGGAAGUGAAAGUUCAGGAGGUGAAAAAGGAAACAACACAAAAGUUCGAAACAAGCAAACACAGUCAGUCUGAAUCCACAACUGUGUCAGCGACAAAAAUACCAAACGUCCCGCUUGUGAAACCAGCAGUAAAAAAAGAAAGCAAACCAUUUGUUCCUCCCAUCAAACUGCCCCCGCCUCCAGACCCUGCUCCGGCCCAGAAGCCUCGACCCUACGCUCGCAAAUUCAAAACCCCCCUCAUGCUGGCAGAGGAGAGAUUUCGCCAGCAAAUGAUGGAGAAAGAGGAUGGGGAGAAGAGUAAAGUCACAACCCCCACUUCUCCGCCAAUUAAUAUGCCCUCCUCCACCGCCACUGCUGAGCCGUCUGUGGCCACGGAGGAGAGCAAAGAACAGACAGAAGAAGCCAAGACAGUUUUCAAAAAAGAACACACACCUGUGAAGAAAACCCCCUCACAGAUCCCUCUGAGCAAACCCUCCAUCUCAGUGGCGAACAAGAAAUCAGCUGCUGGAUUUUCAAACGUGUCCUCUGACAAAAAGCUCAUCGCGAGUGAGCAAUCCUCAGAAAUACUACUCGCCUCGGCUGAGGCUGCUAAUCAAACAGCGUCCAGACAUCUCUCUCAGUCUCAUCAUGAGGCCUCAAAUGUCAAGUCGUAUUCAAAUGUGACUUCUUCGGUUCAGGAAUUCAGCGCCCAGUCAAUCGCUGCUGUCCAGGAAAAUCUUCAAAGCCAGGCUGCGGUGACAUUGAAAGCUAAAGAUGUGAAGAAUAUUAAUGUGCCUGUGACACAGGAUGGGAAAAUGAGUCCUUCUCUACCCACUAAAAUCCCAAAGGUUACUCCGAGUUUCAAGGUGAAAACCUUUAAGAUGCCGAUGGAGAGGAAAGAGGAGAAAAGCGACGGACAAAAGGAGGCAGUAAAAAGUGAGAUGCAUUUACAGCAGGAAAAACAUGUUGUCUCUCAGAGAACUGAGACAAAAGUGAAGCAGGAAAACAAACAGCUGACGUCAGAAACGGAGAUUAAGAUGGUGACCCCACCUGCAAAAGAGGUUGAAGUGGAGGUGAAGAAGGGAAAGCAGACACACAAAAAUGAGACGGAGGUGAAGCUGUCCCCAUCUGUUACUGUUUCAGUGCCUAAGAUGACAAAGAUAACAUCUGGAGCAGCUCAUCAAGGACAAGGCCACGUGUCCGUCUCCCACAGUCAGCAGAGCAUGAAGGAGGAGCGCGUGCACAGACACGAGGAGGUGGUGUUGACAGAGAGCCUCGUUCAGACGCAGCAACGAGCCACGGAGACAAAUAAGAUAAAAGUAGGGAUUUCAAAAGGUGAGCCGAAAUAUGUGUUGGUGAAAGGGGCUGGAAAAAUGUGUCAUAAAGACGAUGCUCAAGAAAUCACAGAUUUAGAGAAAUGUAAUGUCAUGCGGAAGCUGCUCGUUCAAAUAAAAGAGUUGGAGGGCACACCAAGCAAAAUAGACUCCAAGGCUGUCAGGACGGUUAUAGGCGAGCUCACCGAGUGGCUGAUAAGUCCGGAGGAGAAGAAGAAUUUAAGUGAAAUCGCAAAACAGCAGAGUAAGAAAAAGUUGAAAGAGAUGAUGGUUUAUGUGAAAAACAUUGUUCAAACAAAGCUCACGUUUUAUGAGGAGAAAACAGCCGUGGAAAAGCAGGAAAAAGAGGAGAAAGAGGAACCACCUGUGCCGCCGCCGGCACCGUCUACACCUCAAGCAUCGCCAGCACCGCCGCUGAUGCUUCCAAAACCAGACAAAAGAGUUUUCAGUGCAGCGACAGCAAAGAUGUCAAAGAUCAGUUUGUCCAAAACUGAAAAGAAGGUGGUGGAGGAGAGAAAGUCAGUUCAAGAGAGCAAAGUGCAGCAGGAGCUGAGUGAUCACCGGGUGUCGUCUCCGUUAGCAAGCAUCCGCACUCCGUCCCCCACUUUCAUUAGCAUUGAAUCCAGGAGGGUGGACUCUCCGCUUAGAGUGACACCCUCUCCUCCGCCCUACAAAUCCAUCGGGACGCCUCCGCCUCCCCCUCGCAGGUCGUUCACGCCCACUUCCGCCUUGAGCCGGGCCACGCCGUCCCCCACCCUGAGCCGCUCUGAGAAGCUCAUGAAGCUGCGGGACACCACCUCCAAGCUCUCCCGCGACGUCGCCCCCCCGCCUCAUGUGAUGACCCUCGAGUGUUUCGCCGCCGACAGAGAGCAGUCGUCCCCCUUUGGCGACAGGGAGACCCCCGUGGAGAGAGGUGAGCAGGGGGAGGUGGAUGUCGGAGAAAUGGGGGAUUCAAUGACGACGGUCAGGGACAAGAAGUCGUUCUUUGAGGAUGCGCAGAGGGCGGAGGUGAACAGGAUGUACAUGCGAAAGGAUCCCAUCGAUAUCCCAGAACGUCUGGGGCCUGAGGCAGAGGAGAGCGCAGAGGCCGUGAUUAUAGAUCUCCUGAAAGAGGAUCUCCCGAGAGUUGACUUGUCUAAGCUGGUGAACAGGUUUGAAUCUCCACAACCAAAAGUCUACGCCAGAAAGGAACCUAUCGUGAUCACAGAGAGGCUGGGGAGUGACACGGAGGACGCGGAUGCUGAGCCACACACGCCAAGAACUGAGGAAAUCCCAACAUUCAACGUUAAAGCCAUAAAGAAUGUGUUUGAGACCGGAGAGCACAGUUCUCAGGCGGCCCGAGAGCUGAGAGAGCAAAUUGAGAGAAGAGAACCCGAGUCGACCUUUCCCGAGUCGCUCGGUCACUCUGAAACCACAUUGGUCACCGAUCAAUUCUGCAGCAUCGAUGACGCCGGGAUCAUGUCGACGGAGAUGAGUAGCGAGAUGCACUCUGGGAGCUCUGUGACCCGCGGCAACCCCCCGUCCUACGCCGACGUAGUGAGGGGCAAAGUUCCGACGGUGGCCGUGCCCCCCGAGGCCUCCACCGAGGAACUGCUGAAGAGUUUUCAGGAGUCGUGGGCCGAGAGCCAGGGAGUUUUCCAGAACCUGGGUUUCAGUGUCACGGAGCAGAGGACAUCUCAGGUUGUGACGCACCGCCAGGAGACCGUGAUGACGGGUAAACCGAGCUCUGCGGCAUGA